GUGGUUUAAUAAGUCAGUGAGAGCUGGGGCACUGUUAGAGUCACUGCUGAUCGACACAAGGCAGACGAGCGAAACAUGGACUACCAGAUUGGAUUGUGUUUUGUCAACGUUCUGAUUGCUGCCUUCAGCAUACCUGUUUCUACUCGGUUCUACUCUGUUGACUUGGACAGCCAUUCAUUUAAUGAUGCUCAGGAAUUAUGUGCACGUGAUGGCUCUCUGACUAACAUGCUCACCGAAGAAGAAACUGAAAACAUUCUGAAGGUUAUUGAGAACAAAAGAUACACAAACUUUACUUCAUUCUGGAUUGGACUGCAAAAAGAUAGGGCACAGUGUGUUCAGAAAAAUCUUCCACUUCGGGGUUUCUACUGGACUGUAGAUAACAGCGCUAAAUCUGAUCUUAUGAUGAAUAAAUGGAUAGAAGAUCCAACUGGUACUUGUACAACUGCACUUUGUGGACUACUCUCUGUGGAGUACAGCGACUCUAAAAUUGUGAAGUGGGGAUUAAAAUCAACAGGCUGCACCAAGAAAUUUCCCUUUAUUUGCAAACAUGAAGGAUUGAGUGAGAACAUAGCAUGUUCUUCUAAACCAAAUAUAAUGGGGACUCAUGAAACCUCAGAAAAAAACAAUGAUCCAUAUACACUUUGGGUUUCUUGCACAGGCGAAUUCACACUGACCUGUUCAAAGAAUACUCGUGAAUGGAAGCUGGUAGGUGGAACUAAGACAGACAUACAAGGACUUUGUCUUGAAUGCAAAACUGGUUACAAAAAAGAUAAAGAUGGAAAUUGUGUGGAUAUAGAUGAAUGUAAGCAAUUGAAAAAUUGUUCAUUCAGUUGUUUUAAUACAGAAGGCUCAUAUAGUUGCAUGUGCACUGAUGAAAUGGACAAUUUUCACAAUGAAGACUCAGAAAUAUGCAAAAAACAAAAGCAAGCGAAAACAUCUAUUUCCAUGUCACCCACUAAUGCCACUAAGAAAGUCCAGGAUGAACCAACCCCUUCUUCCAUGGACAAGACAUCUCCUACUUCAUCUCCAUCAGAUGUUCACAGUACCAUUGGAAGUCAUCUUCAUAUUGAGGACAGCUCUGGAAACUUUAUCAUCCCUUUAAUUAUAGCUUUGCUGAUUUUUGUGGUGCUGGUCGUGAUUAUUGUGGCCAUUGUGAAAUACUGCCUCAUGAGAAGUGCCAGGAAACGGGCAAAGGAAAGGGCAGCAGCCAUGAAAGAAUCAGUUGCGCUGAAUGGAUCUGACUCUAUGGAAAAAGUGAAUGAAUAAGCAGCUAAUCAGCUAAUGUAUUGACUGCAGGCUAAUUUAAGUACAGACAUGUCUUUUGUAUCCACACAGAUUUUCUCUGAAUUUCUAUCUACAUCCCCAAAAAAAUAGUAGAUUAAUUGACUAGUUUUAAUAGCCCUUUUUUAAUGAGUGCAUAAGUAUGUUUGAAUGAGUGUAUGAGUAUGUGUGUGUGUGUGUGUGUGUGUGUGUCCCUGCCUUGCAACCAAUAUUCCCAGGAUUGGCUCAGAAUCUACUACCACCCUGACCAGGAUAAAAAGGCUACAUAAGAGAAGGAAGGAAUGAACAAACCUGAAAUAUCAUGAAAGAACUCAUUGCUCUGACUGGCAAUAUUUGAUAGGCACUGAAGUUGUAUAUAUUCAAUUCUGUUUAAUUCUUGCUUUUAUUUUUCUUUUUUACUGGAAAUCAUGCUUUUUAGUAUUGUUUCAGACAGAUAUACAAUCUAGAAAUGUUUAAUGAGAUGUGUAGUUUGUGAGAGAGGAAUUUGAGUUGAGAUAAGUUUUGAAAUGAACGUGUUUGGAUGAACUAUAAAGAGAUUUAAUUUUUUAUGGCUGAAGUUUUGUACCUAUCAUGACCGUCACCAAAAAAUGUUGCCUUUUAACAUUUAAGAAACAUUUAAGUUAAGAAAUGAAUGCACUGGUAUUUAAACACAAUAGGUGUAUGCUAUAAAUAAGCCGAGUGACAAAGAACCGCAAGUUAUUAAAGGACAAAUUAAUUUUGCUGCAUUCGUUUUCUUUAAUGCACAGUAGGAAAUAAAGACAAAACUAAACAGAACAUGGGGAUUCAGGGGCUAGGAUCACUCCAGUUUUCUGCAUUAAAGAUGUAGUUGUCAGAAACUACCCCGAAUGUCAUAUUAAAUAUUCAUCUUUAUUUAGAUUGUUUUGGUGGCUUUUAUUGAUAGUGACAACAGAGCCUCUGAAACUUUGAAUAGCCUCCAAAUUAGUGGUUUUGAGAAAAUGUUGGUCUGCUUCUCCUAAACAACUGCAACUUAUGAUUAUCCAGAUUAUAUGAUUAUUUUAGUUUCAGGGUUUUUUUGAGAGUCGCUUGUUUGAAACAUCAGACUGAAAUCGACAUCAGAUAAUAGUCUAAUGCAAUUACAAGGCUUCAGUGUCAUCAUUGAUAUAGCUACAUAAGCCUCAUUUAUCCCAUUUGAUAAAACAGACAGAGCCAAAAAUGUUAAUGGCUGAUUCCUGCACACACAAACACAAUAUAAACAGACAAACACAUAAAUAAAUAAAUAAAUAAAUAAAUAAAUAAAUAAAUAAAUAAAUAAAUAAAUAAAU